AUGCGCGUUUCUUUGACUCUCCUGGCUAGUGCUAGCGUCGUGUCCGCAUGGACAGAGCUUCUCCAUAAGACAAUAAUGCACAAAAAUAUCGACGCGAUAGUUAGUCCGGGUGCCUACACUUCGCACAUGCACACUUUUUUCGGCAGCGACGCCAUCACUAAUGUUAUGCCUACGACGGAGGACUUGCAGCAGGGCUGCUAUAGCGGUUCGAAUCCGAACGACUUCUCUGCCUAUUGGAUCCCUACACUCUACCACGUUGAUGGUGACAAGUUCACUGAAGUGACUCUUUUCACCUUCGGCACAUACUACACCACCGCCUACGCCGAGAUCCCUAUCCCGAAAAACUUCUCAAUGAUCUCCGGCAAAGCAUCCGCUAAAACCCAAGCAGAGGCCGACCAUCCUGAGAAUGGCUUACAAUGGUACUGCGAGGAGUCCCCCGGAGUACUGGAACCGGAUGCCGCCAAAAUGCCCACGAAAGCCUGCCAGCAGCAUCUUCGGUUCUCACUGUUGUUCCCCAACUGUGUAGACCCAAACAAUAUUUCUGCCUAUGGCUUUAGCGAUUCUGCUACAAACAAUUGUCCCGAAGGGAUGAAGCGAAUGCCCCAACUCCGGUACUCCGCCCGUUAUGACACCAAGAAGGCCGCACCUAAUGGCUGGAAUGGUCCCGCACCAUUUCAACUUUCCUGUAGUGACACCCCGGGAGAUGGCUAUUGUUUUCAUGGCGACUUCAUCAACGGCUGGUACGAAGAUGCCGCCUUGGACAUGCUCAUUGGUGAUGGCAACGGCCGUGAUGAUGGUCGCUUCAUCUCAGGCUCACACGGUACCUCUGCCAUAGCGGAUAAUUGUAAUCCUACCGAUCAGGACCCUGAUAAUGGGACUAGCGAUUAUUUGACUAGUCUUGAGAUGAAAGCAAAUGGUGGAAUUGCCGCUCUAGAUCCUGUGGUCUCUACUCCCUCCAUUACAUCUAGUACGAUGUCGACUUCGGUGACUGCACCAUUGGCGACCGAGACCGGACAAAAGCGAAGAAUUGGCCAAAAAUCGAAGAACUCUGCCAAGCUACGUCAGAGGCUCUACGCUGACUCCUUGUAA